AUGGAUGACUAUAAGUGGGAAUUGGGGACAUACUUUGCUUUUAAACAAGAUUUCAAAUAUGGUAUUACGACUUAUGCCAUACACAAUGGUAGGAACACAAAGUUCAAGAAAAAUGACAAGAAAAGGAUGAGAGUGAUAUGUAAAAAAGGUUGUUCGUGGGAGACAUAUUGUGCAAAAAUUCAGGAUGCAGAUACAUGGAAGCUCAGGAAGAUUAUUGAUAAACACGCAUGUAGUAGAGAUUACAAGGUGAUUUUUCUCACAUCUAAGUGGCUCAGCAUUAAGAUACAGAACGAUGUGAGGGAGAAUCCUACUUUAAAGCUAUGUGACAUCAUGGAGAAGACUCAACAGAAAUAG